UAUACACUCCCCUCACUCUCGUUUUCACCAUCGUUACCAUAUAUACUCUUCACCUUCUUUUCUCUCAAAACUCUCUGUUUCCUCUGUUUUCUUUUUUGCUCAGAAAUAAUGUCUUGUUUUUCAUAGUUUCCAGGGCUUAGAUAGCCAGUUCACCAUCUUUUUUCUCCCUUUCUUGGGGUUUAGCAAGUGUAUAAUUUUUUGUUGGUUUUUAUCUUUAAUUGCUAAAAUCGCCUCUAAACUUAGAGGCGAUGGCUGUUUCUCGUUUGCUUAAGUUGGCUUUUCUUAUAGAGGUGAUAAUUUGUGGCACUGAAUUUUGUCACAUAAAUGCUCUAACAAUGGACUAUUAUGUCAUGCGCUGCCCCUUUGCCGAAAUGAUGGUGAGGAAUAUAGUUAAUGGAGCUUUGCAGAAUGAUCCCACUCUUUCAGCGGCUCUCCUGAGGAUGCACUUCCAUGACUGCUUUGUAGAGGGCUGUGAUGGGUCGGUCCUCAUUGAUUCUACAAAGGGUAAUAUAGCUGAGAAAGACUCACCUGCGAAUAUAAUCUUACGUGGGUAUGAAGUGAUCGAUCAAGCCAAACAGGCAAUUGAGAAUCAGUGCCCAGGAGUAGUUUCAUGUGCAGAUAUUGUGGCAAUGGCUGCUAGGGAUGCUGUUCUUUGGGCAGGGGGACCGUUUUAUGACAUACCAAAGGGACGAAAAGAUGGGAGAAGGUCUAAAAUAGAAGACACCAUUAACCUACCUCCACCCUUCUUCAACACCUCAGAUCUCAUCAGGACCUUCGCUGACCGUGGUCUCACCGUUCAAGAAAUGGUCGCUUUAUCUGGGGCACAUACAUUGGGUGUAGCCAGGUGCGCCUCCUUCAAAGAUCGUCUGACCAACUCCGAUCCGACCCUCGAUUCGACCUACGCCGACUCGUUGUCGAAAAAAUGUAGCGCAGGCGAUGAUACUGUGGCCCCCUUCGAUUUUACGAGCACAUCUUUCGACAACCAAUACUUCAGAGCACUCCAAUCUUCAGGUGGGCUCCUCACUUCUGAUCAGACGCUGUACGUCAGCCGAAGAACGAGAGGCAUCGUGGACGGUUAUGCGAUGAACCAGGCCAUGUUCUUCUAUGAUUUCUGGCAGGCAAUGGUCAAGAUGGGCCUGAUCAGUGUUAAGGAAGGUAGUCAAGGAGAAGUACGGCUAAAUUGCCGUAAGAUCAACUGAACCAUAGGUUUUUAACUUCUUGUAUUUGUAGGAAUUCUCCUGACCUUAAUACGGUGGCAGUUUGCAUGUGGGGCCCAGAUGGGCCCAUUAAUAAUCACGCUGGAUUAUUGGAUAGGAAGGGCCCAUUGUGGAUUGCGUAUGGCCCGGUAUCAACCUGACCGAGUGAUCGCAUCCAUUCGUGGGCCUGAAAAAUGGAUAGAUUUUUGGGUGACCUGCAAUCUACAGUGGAUUCAUCCCAUCGAACGGUCUUGUUCUUGAUUGACAAUAGAUGGGCCCACCUAGGCUCACAUAGGAAUUUGCACAGUAAUAAGGUAUACAGGGAAUUCGUACUUUAUCAUAGCUCUAGAUUACUUCUUUUUUUUUCCUCGUUCAACAGAUGUAAUCUUAGCUUCACACCGUAUUUAUGAAAUUAAAAUAGUUAGGUUUAAGCCACA